CCAAAAUGACGACAACACCGGCCUUUACGAUGGUCUCGAAGAGGAAACGAGUCGUUAAGCUAUGCUGCCUCGGAGUACUGUUUCUUACAUUGGCCUAUGCAAUUAUUGUGAUUGAUCCCACCGAAGUGAUCGUGGAAGAUAAACUGUCCAUGUAUGAAGGAUCUUAUCUAAACCGUUUGUGGAAGAAACCACCAUUAGAUGUUUUCAUCAGUAUUUACGUGUUCAACGUCACCAAUCCGGAGGCUUUUAUGCGUGGCGAGGAGCGUUUACGCGUGCAGGAAAUAGGACCUUACGUGUAUCAAGAAUUUUUGGAACAUCGCAACUCCACCUUCAAUCCUAAUGGUACGCUUAGCUUUGUACCUGUUCGGCGACAGGUGUUUGUACCAGAACGAUCCGUCGGCGAUCCGAAGGCGGAUCGGAUUAUGAUACCGAACAUAGCAUUGCUCGGCGUGUCAAGUGCAGCCUAUCGCAUGUCCACCUUUGCCGCAUUUGCAGUGGCAGCCGCCUUAAAGCCUCUUGGCAUGGAGCCGAUCCUCAACAUUACCACGCACGAUCUGCUCUGGGGCUAUGAUGAUCCGCUGGUGAGGAUUGCCUCAACCUUGCUACCGGAACUGAUACACUUCCAAAAGCUGGGCAUAUUAGAUCGAAUGUUUGACGAUGGAUUUGACACGGUUACCAUCAAUUUACCCGAGUCGGUUCGCAACCAACAGCAGGAUGCGGAAGAUUCCAUCAACGACGAUGUAUCGGAUGAACUUGCCGAUAGCAUGCAGGAAGAAUACUAUCAUGAUAUAGUGUCACGCUCGAAAACCGAGGAACCGAUUCGGGACUAUUCAAUCGAUGUGUGGAAUGGAUCGCCAGGACUAGCUCAUUGGGGCUAUGUCGCAAAGGAUCAUUGGGAUGCUGACAGAAGAAACACACCAUGCAACACACUGCAAGGGUCUUACGAUGGGUCCGUUUUUCCUCGAAACAUUUCCAAAACGGAAGUGUUCAAAGUGUAUCGUAAAGCGUUCUGCCGCACCUUACCUAUUGCCUUCGAACGUGAAGGAGAAGUGGAUGGUAUUAAGGCAUACUGGUUCUCAAUCCAGGAAAACGCUUUCGAAAGCUCCAUCGAUGAUCCAUACACUUCGUGCUACUGUAAGAACAAUCAGUGUCUACCAAAAGGGCUAGGAGAUUUGAGUCCGUGCUGGUACAACAUACCCGUAGCAGUCUCGUUGCCGCAUUUCUACAAAGGUGAUCCAACUCUCUCGCAGGCGAUUGAUGGGUUGAGCCCAAACAAGGAAAAACACGACGCCGUUAUCAUUAUGCAACCGGUUAGUGAUAACCAUCGAAAUGCGAUGCAACCACAUUCAUAUGAACCAAUCAUUAACUAUUUCAUCAUCUUUUGCUUCUGGCAGCAACUCGGCAUCCCGAUGAAAGCAAACAUCCGCGUCCAAAUCAGCCUUUUAACGAAUGUAAGCUUCAACUCGGCGCUGAGACCGUUUCACAACACUGUCAUACCAUUGAUAUGGGCGGAAAUGUCAUUGGAAAAGCUCACGCCGGAGUUAAUAUUGCUGCUCAACCUGCUAUUUGGCAUAGCGCCCUACUUGCAGACAGGAUUCAUAUGCUUACUAGCAUUGCUGGGAGCCUCUUUAUUAGCUACAGCGGCACUAGUACUGCUGUGCUCGUCGGAAGCGGCAACGUUCGAAUAUGAUCCACGGAAAUCUAUACGAUACUCUACCGUCAACAUGAUCCCGUAUCCACUGAGAAAAGAGUUGGAAAAAUACGGAGAACCUGAAAUAUUACGCCGUGAGCCGCUGCUGAUAGAAAAUUGUGCCUAA